AACAGAAGCGCGUGAGUCCAUUGGGCUGUUUUGAACCGCUGCUUUACUGCGGUCGAUUCAAAAGAGUCUGUCAGCAUUCCAGCGGCAGUCUGUUCACGGAGAGUACAUCCGCCACCAAAGGAAAAGCUCCCAGGAAAUAAUGGAAGACUAUCUGAAGAUAGAAAAGAUCGGAGAAGGUACAUAUGGGGUGGUGUAUAAGGGCAGGCACAAGGCUACAGGGCAGAUUGUGGCUAUGAAAAAGAUCCGCCUGGAGAGUGAAGAGGAGGGCGUCCCCAGCACCGCCGUCAGAGAGGUCUCUCUGCUUCAAGAGCUGAAGCAUCCCAACGUUGUACGACUCCUGGAUGUGCUCAUGCAGGAGUCUCGCCUCUACCUCAUCUUUGAGUUCCUGUCCAUGGACCUUAAGAAGUACCUGGACUCUAUCCCCUCUGGCCAGUACAUGGACCCUAUGCUGGUCAAGAGCUACCUUUACCAGAUCUUGGAGGGCAUCUACUUCUGUCACUGUCGGCGAGUCCUCCACCGGGAUCUGAAACCCCAAAACCUACUGAUCGACAACAAAGGGGUUAUUAAACUGGCAGACUUUGGGCUUGCUCGGGCCUUUGGUGUUCCUGUCAGGGUCUACACCCAUGAGGUGGUGACUCUUUGGUACCGAGCUCCAGAGGUCCUCCUGGGUUCCCCCCGAUACUCGACCCCUGUCGAUGUUUGGAGCACUGGGACCAUUUUCGCUGAGCUUGCCACUAAGAAGCCUCUGUUCCAUGGAGACUCGGAGAUAGACCAGCUCUUUAGGAUCUUCAGGACUCUGGGGACCCCAAACAAUGAAGUGUGGCCUGAAGUAGAGAGCCUACCUGACUACAAAAACACCUUCCCCAAAUGGAAGUGUGGCAACCUGUCCUCAAUGGUGAAGAACCUGGAUAAGAAUGGCCUGGACUUGCUGGCGAAAAUGCUGAUCUACAAUCCCCCCAAAAGGAUCUCUGCACGAGAGGCUAUGACACACGCCUACUUUGAGGACUUGGACAAAUCCACUCUGCCCGCUGCCAGCAUCAACAAAAUCUAAAACUUCUACUCGGCUCACAUACAAACACACCCAUACCCAUUGUGAAUUCCCAUUCUGUAAAUACUUGUAUGUGAUAAUUGUUGUAGGCUUUUUUUAGUCAAGUUUUCUCUUCAACGUCUUUUCAAUAAAACUGCACUUUCUGUUAAUCUCAACCUUUUUAACUUUUCUCCUCAUUUGCCCGAGCUUACUUAUACUUAAUAACAAUAAUAAAAGUUUAAAGCUCAGGUGUUGGCAUUUUUGAAA